CCAGAUGAGUAAAAAAUAAAAACACGGGAUGUCGGGAUGACAAGCGUAGUUAAGUAAGCUAAACACGCAUUUUUACUCGUGCAAAUCACAGCUAGCCAAUGUUUGAGCGACCCCAUUUAGAUCAAAGAAAGUUAAUUAAUUUCUAGAAGAAAUAUUUUUUUACGGCGUGGAAACUUCUCGGUCUAUAUGAACCCAGCAAACAGGGGCUGUGGUGGAGGCGACGGCGAAGACACCAGUUCCAAAUCUUCGUCUGCAUCUGUGAAGCCACUGACGAUCAAACCCUCAGCAAACCAGGAUCAACCGCUGUCCCCUGAAUCUGAAAGCAUGAAGAGGGCUGCUGCGAAGAAACUGAUUGAAAGAUACUUCUAUCAAGUCACUGAUGGAUGUGGUGAUCCUGAGUGUGAUAACGCCAAUUGUGUGUCAAGUGGGAAGUUGAAACAUAUGAAACCCAAUGAGGCUGCAGCCAUGGCUAUCCAACUGUUUUCUCAAGAAGCGCGCCUCUGUGAGCCACAGCGAAAAAUUGCACGCACACAAGACAUAUCUGCCAAAACUACUCCCGCAAUCGAAGUGGAUAUAAACCCAAGUCUCAACGAAGAAAAAUUGUCUGAAAUUCUGGAGAGCUGCAAAAGAGAAAACUCAUACUCAAAACUUAUUCAUACCAUCGGCGCUGUUUUUUCCAACAUGGAGAUCCUUCUCAUUAGCUUUGUGAAGAAGCCAAACUCCCCAUUAGAAGAAAUACUCAGCAAAGCUCCAAGCAAUCUGCAAAACCUAAAGAAGGAGGACAUUCGGACGAUGCAGGGGGACUUGGACAAGGAUGAGGACAGUCAAGAAGAAGCAGAGAAGGAAGGCGAAAGCUCGAGCCAAAGUCAAAGCACCGGGCCAGAUGAAAUCACGCUGGACCUGGAGAGUCUGCGCCGCGCAUACUCGGCCCUCUUUGCCAUCGACGGCAAAGUUUUUGAAAGUGCCCUUAUUAAUGCCCUCAUCACCCUGACUGGAACGGUCGAGCUCGAUUUGAAAAUGUUUCGCAACUUCAAAGACGAGCCUAACCUUGUGAAUAUUUUUCUAAUCAUGCUAGAACUGCCAUGUCUGUCCUCCUAUGAGUACAUGGAACGCGUGCUGCCUGGAAUCUGUCGGGCGGCGUCGCACUUGCCUCUCUCGGUGCAAGCCAAACUCGUCCGCGUCCUCGCCAAGCACUGCACCCAGAAACUGAAGAGUCUGCUUGAGUCACUGCAGCAGAUCAUCACCCUGAAGGUAAUCACCAGCCCGUUCAGCCAGGAGUACACUGUGUAUGACGAGGAAACUGUCACGGCUGCCACCAGGAUGGUCAAAAUCAUCUUUUACGCCUCUAUUAUUGCCGGAGUAUUGGACUCUCCAGAGUUGAGGACCGAGGAGGAGAAAGACCCCGCAGAACCUGAAGACGACCACUUUGGAGAGCCCGUCGCAAGUUCAGACUCCAGGGAGCCGGACGUCAUCCCGCCAGACCCUAUGGCGGAAGAGCUGCAGAUCAAUUUCCUGGACAGCAGGAAGCCGGUGAUUCCGUUUGCUGAGUUCUACAACGAGCCGCUAAGCGACGUCAUUGAAAUGGACAAAGACUAUACGCACUUCAAGAAUCGGGAUUCUCUUAACCGGUUCAGCUUCUUGAGUCAUCCUUUUAUUUUGACACCGUUCACCAGAUCGCUUGGGCUCUACUAUGACAACCGUGUGCGGAUGUACUCUGAGAGGCGAGUCAGCAUCCUCCAGUCAGUUGUUGGCAACCCAACCAGCCCUUAUUUGAGGCUGAGAGUGAAAAGAGAUAGGAUCAUAGAAGACGCUUUAGUGGAGCUCGAGGUUGUUGCAAUGGCAAAUCCUACGUAUUUGAAGAAACAGUUGGUUGUUGAGUUUGAAGGAGAGCAGGGUAUUGACGAAGGCGGCGUGUCCAAAGAAUUUUUCCAGCUUGUAGUUGAAGAAAUUUUCAAUCCAGACUAUGGAAUGUUCACACAUCAAAAAGAAACAGAGACUGUUUGGUUUAAUCCCACGUCUUUUGAGAGUGACGCUCAGUUCACUCUGAUUGGCAUUGUGCUGGGGCUAGCCAUCUACAAUAAUGUGAUUCUUGACGUACACUUCCCCAUGGUGGUUUACAGCAAGUUGAUGGGCAAGAAGGGAUGUUUCCAUGACCUCAAAGAUUGGAAUCCGACGCUCUACGCUGGCUUAAAAGAACUGUUGGAGUAUGAAGGCGACGACAUGGAAGACACGUUCGUGCAGACCUUUAGGAUUUGUUACCAGGAUAUUUUUGGAAAUACUUUCAACCACGAUCUCAAGGAAGAUGGGGAUCAAAUUUUAGUCAACAAGAAUAAUAGACAGGAAUUUGUGGAUCUAUAUGCAGACUUCCUCCUCAACAAGUCAAUUGCCAAGCAGUUCAGAGCGUUCAGAAAAGGCUUCAGAAUGGUGACAGAUGAGUCUCCUCUGCAUAUUUUAUUCAGACCAGAGGAGGUUGAACAACUAGUCUGCGGAAGCAAGAACUUCGACUUCAAUGCAUUGGAAGCUGCAACUGAGUAUGACGGCUUCUGUGCAGACUCACCCAUCAUACGAAACUUUUGGUCAGUUGUGCAUGAACUGCCAAUUGAAAGCAAAAGACGGCUGUUGCAAUUCACCACUGGCAGUGACAGAGUUCCCGUGGGAGGCAUGAGCAAGCUGAAGUUCAUCAUCGCCAGACAAGGACCUGAUUCAGACAGGCUACCCACAGCUCACACCUGCUUCAAUGUUUUGCUGCUCCCUGAGUACGAGUCCCGUGAAAAGCUCCUGGACAGGUUGUUGAAAGCGAUUAACUACUCAAAAGGAUUCGGAAUGUUAUAGUCAUCUUUCAUGGGAGCAUAUUUUAUACCGUGACUGUUAGAACCAACAUCCAUUAAGGCUGUCCAAAUAUAAUUUUUUGUUUGUCCCUUUUACAAUGAAAGCAACUAAGGGUUAUUUUGUUUUUGUAAAUAAUUUGAUUAUUUGAUGAAAAAUUACUCAUUUUUUCAACUAACCUGCUUGGAAACCAUCAAAGGCCUUGUAAGAAAAUGCUCACCUAAAUUAUUGUACACCAAGCGAAGAGUCCCCAAUAUGUUCCAUAUUCUAAAAUUCAUCUAGGUUUAUUUUAGAAUGUGUGGUCAAUUUCUGUUAUUAAAACUGCUAAUGUCAUGAAAACGGAA